CCCCACCACCAAGCAUGCCCUCCCAACCCCCCUUCCCCCCAGACUCCCUCCUCUCCAAACUGCACGGCUGCAUCUUCGGCUCCGCCCUCGGCGACACCCUAGGCCUCUACACAGAAUUCCUGUCCCAAGCGCAAAGCACCGCGAUCUACCCAUCCGGGCGCUUCCGCCUCGUCCCCCCCACAACGCCAUACCACCUCGACGCGCACCGCCUGCGCUGGCCAGAACCCUUCGCGCGGCGUCUGCAUAUAUGGGUCUCGCAGGGCCUGCUCGCGCUCAAUCGGCCGGCGAUGGGCAUCGGCGCCUUAGUCGGCAGUGUUGUUGGCGCCGCGACCUUCCUGGCUGAUCCAGUGGGGACGGCGACGCGCGCGUGGAUUGCGAGCGGGCGGAAGGCGGCGCCGAAUGGGAGUCUGAUGCGGACGCAUCCAGUUGGGGUGAUGGGCGUGUUGUGGAGCGAAGCGGAGACGUGGCGCUUGAGCGUUAGUCUGGGGCGGGUCACGCACGUCGAUCCGCGGUGUGUGGUUGCGUGUUGUGUUUCUGUUGGGUUGGUGCGGGGGCUGCUGCGUGGUGAGGUGGUGACAGAAGGGCAUGUUGAUGGGGUGGUUGAGCGCGCGUUUGAGUGGGUGGGUGGGCAGCCCGGGUUGGUGAAUCCUGGGGGAAAUGCUGAGCAGCGGCUUGAUUACGGGGAGUUCUCGCGCCAUGCGUAUGCUCCGAGUUUGGAGGCGCUGCGGCUUGAUAGUCCGCGGGAGAUCGGGUACGUGUAUAAGUGUCUCGGUGCGGCGGUGCUGUUGCUUCGGCUGGCUAUGCGUGGUGUAGCGAGCGCAGAGAGUGGAGCGAGUACAGAGAGCGGAGUGAGCGUUCUCUUCGAGACCCUCAUCACCUCCCUAAUCCUCCAAGGCGGAGACGCGGACACCAACGCCGCCGCCGCCGGGGCACUGUUGGGCGCCUACCUCGGAUACUCAAAUCUACCUUUACACUGGGUGGAUGGGCUCCAGCACCGCGAGUGGCUGAUGGCGAAGAGUGUGCGGUUUGCGGUGGCGGUUGGUGCUGUGGAGGGGGGGACGUUGGAGGAGGAGAGUGAUGAGGGGGAGAGUGGUGCGGGAGGGUUGAUGACGGAGAGGGAGCUGGGGGAGAGGCGGAGGGUUUUGAGGGAGGAGGGGAGGAGGAGGGUUCGGGAACGGAGGAAAGAGAUAGAGAGGGGAAGUGUGAUGGAGAGAAACCAGAAACCAGAAGAUGGACGAUAGUAAGUCCUCCUACGCACACGAUAUGCAACACGCACAGAAUAUAUAAAGAAAGACAAAGGGAUGCUUGGGUUUGAUUUAAUUGGUCUGGUUUGCUCAG